UGUAAUCGUAAAAAAGAUGGCGGCUGGUUAGAUAUAUUUUCUCUGCAGUAUUAUUUGGUAACUGUCAUGAAAAUGGAGAUAAUUGACGUUCCCUCCUACUCCAUGCAUCUACUUGAGCAGUUGAAUCUUCUGCGACAAGAUCAAAUGUUCUGUGAUGUCACAAUUGCCUGCCAAAACAGCACAAUGUUAGUCCACCAGGUUGUUCUAGAGGCCGCCAGCCCAUACUUUCAUCAAUGCAUUGAAAAAUCUGCAUCUGACCAAUGCCACAUAGACUUUACUCGUUUUGAUGAGAAAUUGUUAGGAAUUGUAAUUGAUUUCCUAUAUUCAAGUAAGUUAAAAGUUUCUAGGGAUACAGUAGGAAAUGUUAUGGAAAUUUGUGAUGAACUGCAUCUACAGUCUGCUGUAGACGCAUGUAACUUCUUCAUAGAAUUCGGAAAUCAGAAACAACACACGGAAAACGAUACUGAAACAGAUGUUAUUGAAAAUGAAACUGCAAAAGGUACUGUCACUGAAAAUCCUGUAAGGAAAAAACGUAAAGCAGCAACCAUGCAUGAAGAGAUUUCCCCAAAACUUAAUGCAAAAGCCAAAAAGGUAGCCACUGAUAAGCCUAAAAGAACAAGGAAAGCAUACAAACCAAAACAAAGGAAAGCAUCUUCCAGAAAGGUAGUACCUGUUAAGAUAACUAGAGCAGCUGAGAAAAAUGUGAAAGAUGAAUUCAAUCUUGUUAAAGAAGAAGAAAAUAAUCUUAAUAAUAAUGGUGAUGAAAUGGAUUCUAAUGAAGUUGAAGAAACUUCUGAAGCUAUUGUUAAGAUAGAAAAAACUGGCUUUGAACCUGAAAAUGUGCUGCAAGAAAAUGAAGAUAAUGUUAAUGAUAUAGAUGAUGAGGAUGAUGACGAAGAUUGUAAUGAUGAUGAUAGUGAUACUGAUGAUUAUGAUAGUAAUAUUGUUGAUGAGUCACAAAAUUCUUUGACCGCUGAUGAUGGUAAUAUAAAAAGAAUUGAUGCCGAAGGUAGAGUUUUGAAGAAAAAAGUUAGAAAGAAAAGAGAUGAUCCAACAGUAAAGAAAUCCAAGAAGAGGAGAAGAAAACCUUUUCCAUGUUCUAUGUGUUCAAAAACUUUGACUAGCAAGAAGAGGCAAAUUUUUCAUGAGUACAGCAAGCAUGGAACACCAAUAGAUUUCAAGAACAUCACAUUUGCUGUCAGUCCUUGCAGUGUUGAGGGCUGUAACUAUGUAGCUGCUAACCCACACAAUCUCGACAUGCAUAUGAAAAGUCGUCAUGGUAAUGCACGGCCACAUAUUUGUGAAUUUUGUGGCAAAGCUUUUAAGUUACCAAACAUUUUGGCGACCCAUCUCAACAUUCACACUGGCUCAAAGUCAUGGAAGUGUGACUAUUGUGGAGAAAGCUUUAACCAGCAGAGUGGACUGCAAGUACAUGUAAAGCGGUAUCACAUGGGAGAGUCAUCAUGGACUGAGAUGUGUCACAUGUGCUCAGAGAAGUUUCUACAAAAAGCCGACCUGGCCUGGCAUCUGUUUAAAGUUCAUAAACAACCUCUACCGGACAAUUAUAAAAUGUAUGUGUGUGAUAUUUGUGGAUUUAGUACCAUGAAGUCUCAACAGUUAAAACAACAUAGAGAGCGACAUGAUGGUAUAAAGAAUUUCAUCUGCUCAAUUUGCUCAAAAGGCUGCAGUACAAAGAGUGAACUUAGGAGACAUGUUAGCUUUCAUGGAGAGAAGAAAUACAAGUGCAAUUUUGAGGGAUGUGCCUAUGCCUGUACAGACAAUAUAGGUCUUGAUAAACAUAUUAAACUUAUGCAUACUCACAAGGAUUUUAAGCCCUAUGCCUGCCCAGUGUGUCAGUACAGGACUGGAGUUAAAGGAAACGUUGACAAACAUAUACGUACAGUUCACGACCUUAUCGUUGUAACUAAACAUACUGUCAAUUUGAAAAUGAAGUAUUCCAAUUUUGACUCCGGUGAUGUCAUUACCAAAGAUGGCCGACUAGUAGCCUCAUCAAAGGAACGGAAAGCCUUACAACAAGUUCCGACAAUUGACAAGGAAAUAGGUCAAGAUGGGAAUAUGUCGAUGAACAAUGCCAAUAAUCUUACGUAUGCCGAUUACAAAGUGAAAGAAACUGCCGAUAACACAUACUCUUCAAUAAAAAAAUCGAAAAGGCAUAAAAGUUACAUGGAUCCGCCCAAUAUUUCUGACCUCGAUGACAAACAUUCAAUUCCGACGGUAGUAAACGAUCAAACUGACACAUCAAAAAUGGAGACGAUAAUUCAUGACUUACCUCCCUUGUCCAAUUAUGUGUACAUUCACGGAGACCUUUCUCGUGCCCAAGAUCUCACAGUCUCUGGAAUUAAUCCAGCAGAUGCAGGGUCGCUUUAUAACAUAGGAAAUGCUGAAAUGUACUUGCAGAAUAAAUAUUAGUGUCAUAAAAGUUAACCUGUAACCUGCUGAAUUCCUUAAACUGACUUGUCGAACUUCCUAUUUGGAAUUAUCCGAUAUCAUUUUAGGUUAUCAAGGUGAAAAGGAAGUUAGUUUGUCGACAGUGUAGAUGCUGGUCAGACUCUACAGAAGUUCAGGCUGCCCUGGCUGUAUACUGAUGGCAAAGGCUUAUCACCUUGCUGGUUAAAAUAUUAAGCAAAGCUUUAGGUGUAAAAACUAACAACUUAUUGAAGGUCACGUGAGAUAAACAGUGCUAUUAUACAUCAUGUUUAUCAUCAUUUUUGAUACUUUCAGAUUUGAAUUUUUUUAUGCUCACCAAAAACGUACGAUGAAGCAUAUAAUGGUCAGUUUGUCUUUCUGUCCCUCCAUCCUUCCCUCUGUCAGCUUUUUAUCCCUCCAUUCUCCCAUCAUUCAUUCAUAAUAAUCAUUCCCCAAAGUAUCUUCCUGCGUUGAUUCAUAUCUAUAAAUAUUUGAUGAGUAGGCACCCUUCAAAAUCAGGGAGGGUUACAAUGGUCAUAAAGGCUAAAAAUAGAUUUUCCCAUAUAUUUCCUCAUAGUAAGGUCAUUUUUUUACCUUUGUCAUAAUCAGAAAGCACCUCUUUGAUAAAACUGAUUUUUUUGUUUUUUAGUGCAUUUUGAUCAAGUCAUAAAAAAUGCAAUGGUUAAGUGAAAAUUGGGUUGUCAUAACAUACUUCUGUUGCCAAUAGUCAACCAUUCGCGCAACUAGAUUUUGUUAACCUUCUUUUAUACUUACUUUGUUAAUGUUCAUUUUUUCUUUGUUUUCAUUUUAUUCAUUUAGUCUUAUUUUGUUACAUGAUGUUUUUACAGUUUUAACACAGAUUGUUAACUUUGCUUUCUAGCUUCACUUCUUUAUUUCUGUGUUCAUAAAAUUUUUAUGCAAAGCAUUUUGCCAUGUUUGUGUAUAAUGUCGGUUUUUAAAGUAUUUUAGAUAGUAUUUAUUAAUAUUUUAGUUAUAAUUUAUGUAAUUUUAGUUACGAUCCAUGCCAGAUACACAGGCUGGCCUGAUUUUAUACCGGUUAUAUAUUGUCACCUUAGUGCAGUAUCGGGUUAAGUCCUUAUAAAUUUAAUAAGAGUUAACCAGUUAUUGCACCAAGGUGAUGAUAUGUAACUCUAUCUGCUGGUAGAAUCCAAAUAGUCCUAUAGGAUGUCUUAAUAUUUUAGAAUACUAUUUGUUAUCCUUCUAUAAAGUUUUAGCUAAAUGAACAUUUUUAGAUGUUAUUUACAUAUCAUUUAUUUUCUAUUGCCCUAUUAGUUAAUGUUGUUUUUUUUUAUCCAAAAUGGAGAAUCAUGUGAUCUGAAAAAGAGAGAAGAGUAUUUCAUAGGGAUCAAAACUUUAAAAGAAAAGUUGGAAAACACCAAAUAACUGGAAUAUUUGUAUUAUAAUAUUUCAAAAUAUACUAUACUUUUACUGCAGAAACUGUUAUUGAAAUCUUGGAAAUUUUUACUGAAUAUGUUUGAAUAAGAAAAUGCACAACCUAUGUUUGGGAAGCUGCAUUCCCUAUUACAGAUGAAGUUAGUUUGGUCCUUUCUUAAAAGACUGCCUUUUAAUGAUGCCAUGUAUUCAUUUACUUAGUGUGUAGAGAUAAAAAAACCCUCCUCUGUGUGUACUCAAAAGUUAUUUAUUUUACAUUUAAAAUGAGACUGCAUUGAAAUUAUCAUUAUUUUCAAAUAUAAAAUUUGAACACAAUAUAAAAGUUACCGUACAUAUCCUAAUUAUAUGUAAAUUGCUCCCUUUUUUACAGUUUUCUAAUUUAUUACAGCUAAUUAGUUAGCACAAAAUGGUUUUAUAACCUGGAGAAUUAGACAGGCCUGGAUUAUAAUAUAGAUUUUAUUACAAUAUUAUCUUUACCUAGUUUGUGAGAUAUAGAUCCGCAUUUGCCUUUUUCUCUCCCUAUGUUACUGUCAUUUCAGGUCACUUGAUUGUCCAUAUUUAUUUUAGUCAGAUUUUAGAAACUUACCAUUUAAAGAUUUUGAGAUAAAAUUUUUAUUGAUGAUUUUUUUUUUGCAAGAAAUGAAAUAUAAUAUAUGUGAUAUAAAUGAGGAAUAAAAAAAUGAAAAAUU